AUGAGGCAAGCUCCAGGACCACGCAAGCUCUUGGACCAGGCAGGCUUCUGGACCAAGCAAGCUCCUGGACCAGCCAAGUUCGUGGACCACGCAAGCUUUUGGACCAGGCAAGCUUCAACCCGCCCCAUUCUCCCGCUUUCCAUCACCCUGCCCCAUUCUCCCGCUUUCCAUCACCCCGCCCCAUUCUCCCGCUUUUCCAUCACCCCGCCCCAUUCUCCCUCCUUCCAUCACCCCGCCCCAUUCUCCCGCUUUCCAUCACCCCGCCCCAUUCUCCCGCUUUCCAUCACCCCGCCCCCUUCUCCCUCCUUCCAUCACCUUGCCCCAUUCUCCCUCCUUCCAUCACCCCGCCCCAUUCUCCCGCUUUCCAUCACCCCGCCCCAUUCUCCCGCUUUCCAUCACCCCGCCCCUUUCUCCCGCUUUCCAUCUCCGUGCCCCAUUCUCCCGCUUUCCAUCACCCCGCCCCAUUCUCCCGCUUUCCAUCGCCCCGCCCCAUUCUUCCGCUUCCCAUCAUCCCGCCCCAUUCUCCCGCUUUCUAUCACCCCGCCCCAUUCUCCCUCCUUCCAUCACCCCGCCCCAUUCUCCCGCUUUCCAUCACCCCGCCCCAUUCUUCUGCUUUCCAUCACCCCGCCCCAUUCUCCCGCUUUCCAUCACCCUGCCCCAUUCACCCGCUUUCCAUCACCCGCCCCAUUCUCCCGCUUUCCAUCACCCCGCCCCAUUCUCCCGCUUUCCAUCACCCCGCCCCUUUCUCCCGCUUUCCAUCUCCGUGCCCCAUUGUCCCGCUUUCCAUCACCCCGCCCCAUUCUCCCGCUUUCCAUCACCCCGCCCCAUUCUCCCGCUUCCCAUCAUCCCGCCCCAUUCUCCCGCUUUCUAUCACCCCGCCCCAUUCUCCCUCCUUCCAUCACCCCGCCCCAUUCUCCCGCUUUCCAUCACCCCGCCCAAUUCUCCCGCUUUCCACCACCCCGCCCCCUUCUCCCUCCUUCCAUCACCCCGCCCCAUUCUCCCUCCUUCCAUCACCCCGCCCCAUUCUCCCGCUUUCCAUCAGCCCGCCCCAUUCUCCCGCUUUCCAUCACCCCGCCCCUUUUCUCCCGCUUUCCAUCUCCCUGCCCCAUUCUCCCUGCUUUCCAUCUCCCCGCCCCAUUCUCCCGCUUUCCAUCACCCCGCCCCAUUCUCCCGCUUCACAUCAUCCCGCCCCAUUCCCCUGCUUUCCAUCACCCCUCCCCAUUCUCCCCUCUUCCAUCACCCCGCCCCAUUCUCCCGCUUUCCAUCACCCCGCCCCAUUCUCUCACUUUCCAUCACCCCGCCCCAUUCUCCCGCUUUCCAGCACCCCGACCCAUUCUCCCGCUUUCCAUCACCCCGCCCUAUUCUCCCUCCUUCCAUCACCCCGCCCCAUUCUCCCGCUUUCCAUCACCUCGCCCCAUUCUCCCUCCUUCCAUCACCCCGCCCCAUUCUCCCUCAUUCCAUCACCCCGCUCCAUUCUCCCACUUUCCAUCACCCCGCGCCAUUCUCCCGCUUCCCAUAACCCCACCCCAUUCUCCCGCUUUCCAUCACCCCGCCACAUUUUCCCACUUUCCAUCACCCCGCCCCCUUCUCUCUCCUUCCAUCACCCCGCCCCAUUCUCCCUCCUUCCAUCACCUCGCCCCAUUCUCCCGCUUUCCAUCAGCCCGCCCCAUUCUCCAGCUUUCCAUCACCCCGCCCCUUUCUCCCGGUUUCCAUCUCCCCGCCCCAUUCUCCCGCUUUCCAUCAGACCGCCCCAUUCUCCCGCUUUCCAUCACCCCGCCCCAUUCUUCCGCUUCCCAUCAUCCCGCCCCAUUCCCCCGCUUUCCAUCACCCCUCCCCAUUCUCCCUCCUUCCAUCACCCCGCCCCUUUCUCCCGCUUUCCAUCUCCUGCCCCAUUCUCCCGCUUUCCAUCACCCGCCCCUUUCUCCCGCUUUCCAUCACCUCGCCCCAUUCUCCCGCUUUCCAUCACCCCGCCCCAUUCUUCUGCUUUCCAUCACCCCGCCCCAUUCUCCCGCUUUCCAUCACCCUGCCCCAUUCACCCGCUUUCCAUCACCCGCCCCAUUCUCCCGCUUUCCAUCACACCGCCCCAUUCUCCCGCUUUCCAUCACCCCGCCCCAUUCUUCCGCUUUUCAUCACCCCGCCCCAUUCUCCCGCUUUCCAACACCCCGGCCCAUUCUCUCGCUUUCCAUCACCCCGCCCCCUUCUUCCUCUUUCCAUCACCCCGCCCCAUUCUCCCUCCUUCCUUCACCCCGCCCCAUUCUCCCGCUUUCAAUCACCCUGCCCCAUUCCUCCGCUUUCCAUCACCCCGCACCAUUCUCCCACUUUCCAUCACCCCGCCCCAUUCUCCCGCUUUCCAUCACCCUGCCCCAUUCUCCCGCUUUCCAUCACCCCGCGCCAUUCUUCCGCUUUCCAUCACCCCGCCCCCUUCUCCCUCCUUCCAUCACCCCGCCCCAUUCUCCCUCCUUCAAUCACCCCGCCCCAUUCUCCCUGCUUUCCAUCAGCCCGCCCCAUUCUCCCGCUUUCCAUCACCCCGCCCCUUUCUCCCGCUUUCCAUCUCCCUGCCCCAUUCCCCCGCUUUCCAUCACCCCGCCCCAUUCUCCCGCUUUCCAUCACCCCGCCCCAUUCUCCCGCUUUCCAUCAUCCCGCCCCAUUCCCCCGCUUUCCAUCACCCCUCCCCAUUCUCCCUCCUUCCAUUACCCCGCCCCAUUCUCCCGCUUUCCAUUACACGCCCCAGUCUCCCGCUUUCCAUCACCCCGCCCCAUUCUCCUGCUUUCCAUCACCCAGCCCCAUUCACCUGCUUUCCAUCACCCGCCCCAUUCUCCCGCUUUCCAUCACCCCGCCCCAUUCUCCCACUUUCCAUCACCCCGCCCCAUUCUCCCGCUUUUCAUCACCCCGCCCCAUUCUCCCGCUUUCCAACACCCCGCCCCAUUCUCCCGCUUUCCAUCACCCCGCCCCAUUCUCCCGCUUUCCAUCACCCCGCCCCAUUCUCCCUCCUUCCAUCACCCCGCCUCAUUCUCCCUGCUUCCAUCACCCCGCCCCAUUCUCCCGCUUUCCAUCGCCCCGCCCCAUUCUCCCGCUUUCCAUUUCCAGGACCACGCAAGCUCUAAGACCAGGUAA